GUGGUCAAACUCAAAGGUGAUUUGUGUGCUUUUUAUUGCUGGUUUCUUCGAUUUUCAGAGGAUUUUAAUGUGUGAGGACAAUAUAUUAUGGGCAGAAAUUAUUUAUAAUAACUAUGGAGAAAAAACGCAAGAAAUCUAAAAGAAGUUUACGUGGGGACGAUGUUUAUGAAUUCGCUUGUAGAUAUGAUGUUGGCUGGUCGAAGAAAAGAAAGGCAAACCAUAAAAAUAGCACAGAAGGUGAAUCAAACAAGAAGAAAGGCGAAGAUGAAAGGCAGAUGCAGUGUGGCAGUUUAUCUACUAAUAAAGUGACUAAUAUUGAAGACUUAUGGACUUACAGUAAUAACAAUGAAUCUCCUGAUCUUGAACCAUCACCAUCAAAGGGGAGAAAAAGAUUAGAUAUUAAAAGUAGAAUUAAACAAAAGAAAAAGUUAAAGGAAAAUGAAGAAAGGUUGUUACAAGAUGGACAAAAUGUAAAUCCGCUACAUACACAGUGGAAGUUUACAAAGGCUGAAUUACAGAACCUGAAAAAGAAUGGUGUUAAAGUCAAGGUUGGAAAUUGGUCAAAGAAAGAAAUUACCACAUUAGAGAACAACAUGAAAGAAUAUUUAGAGGCAAACAAUCUAACAGACCCCAUGCCACUAAUACUGGGAGAAAAUGGCAAACGAGCCAGAGACAUGAAAAUGAAAACUGUUUCUACGGAUUUCUAUCGAAGUUUAGGAAAAGGAAUAAAUCGACCUUUAUUUCAUGUAUACAGAAGAGUAUUGCGGGUGUACGACCCUGGGAACUAUGUUGGAAGGUGGUCAGAGAGUGAUUCAAGUGCUUUAUUAAGGUAUCAUGCAGUUUAUGGUAAUCAGUGGACAAAAAUUGGAGGCUUUCUUGGUCGUAGUGGCAUGGCAGUCCACCAUAAAUAUCUAGAACUAAUUGAAGAAACGCAUGGUCCUUGGUCUGAGGAAGAAACUCAACGUCUUGAUGCAGCUGUGAGAGCCUCGACCGGGACAGAAUUUGGAAGUCAGAUUUAUGAAAAAAUAAACUGGAUCGAAGUAGCACUUUUUGUUAUGACAAGGACGUCGAUUCAGUGCAGGGAAAAAUGGUUAGCUAGUGUUUGUUGGAAUAAUGAAAGCGGAAAAAAGACAGUGAAAUGGACGUCCCAGGAUGAUGUUAAGUUGAUUGAACGGCUGUACAGAUCAGAUGAGAAUGACGAGAACGAUAUUAACUGGGUGUUAUUUACAAAAGAUCUUCCCAAUUCACCCUCCGUGACAUGGUUACGCAUGCGGUGGAACACGCUAAAAAAAGCUGUCCCAAAUUACACUGAAUGCGACUUCGAAGAAAUUUUGGAUUAUCUUCACAAUACACAUCGAAAAUUUCUCCAAACAGAAAAGCCCAAAGGCAAAGGCAAAGACCACGAUUCCAACGAACAUUCGUGAAUGUUGAAUCACUCUGGUUGAAUCAUCUACUAUUCUAUAUAAUUUAUUAUGUUAUAUAUUAUAUAUUUAUAUUCCUAUUGUUAAAAACUCAAGAAAGGCGGGAAAGCUCAGGCAGUGCAAACCAAUGAACUGGUGCAAACCCAUUGCCAGCAAGGGAUCAAUGGAAUUUACAAUU